AUCCCCGAAUCUACCUCAUCCAAACCAUCCCUCACAAACCUUCCGGGCAACAAGAAGAACGAUAUGCCAUCGCCGCGAUGCAGUGUCGCUAUUCUUUCUCUCCUCCUCGCCCUCUACCUUAUUAGCAUGGGAGUAACAGCAGCGAGCAUCCCACCUCAGCGACGGCAUCCGGAUUCGCAACCUCCAUCAGGACCGCCGGUGCCUUUCCCUUUGUUCGAUCCUGAACCGUAUCCAGAUUACCCCGUGCGUAUUAAAGCGUGUACGGACGCGAAUUUUAAAGGCGAAUGCAGGGCCUGGGAAAUAGCUACUGAUAAACACGUUUGUCACAUGGUUCCCACCGAUAUGAACAACACCAUUACCUCGAUCUCCGCAUACGGCCCCGUCCCUUGCUAUUUCUAUGAGUAUGUUAUUCCACACACACACCUUCAACCCUCUCCUCCUGUCUCUCCUUUCGCGUUGCGUGCACUGUUCCCCUCGUAUAAACCUGCGUGUUGA